AAAAGUACACAUAUACAAAAAGAAUCAUACUAAUAUCAUGUUCAUUACCAACGAAAAUGUCGGCGAUCGCUCUCGUUUAGAAGACUGGAGAAUCCGUGGUUACGACCCUUUGACUCCUCCUGAUUUACUUCAACAUGAAUACCCUUUGACUGACAAGUCUGCUGAUACUAUUGUCAAGGGUAGAGACUCUGCCUGUGAUAUCUUGAACGGUAAAGACGACCGUUUGAUCAUUGUCAUUGGUCCAUGUUCUAUCCAUGACCCAAAGGCCGCUCUUGACUACGCCCACAGAUUGAAGAAGUUGAGCGACAAGCACAAGGGUGAGCUCCACAUCGUCAUGAGAGCAUACUUGGAAAAGCCUAGAACCACUGUUGGUUGGAAGGGUUUGAUCAAUGAUCCAGAAAUUGAUGGAUCUUUCCAAAUCAACAAGGGUUUACGUAUUGCCAGAAAACUCUUUGUUGAAUUGACUGAAUUAUUACCUAUUGCUGGUGAAAUGUUGGAUACUAUCUCCCCACAAUUUUUAUCUGAUUUAUUCUCUGUUGGUGCUAUUGGUGCCAGAACCACUGAAUCUCAAUUACAUAGAGAAUUGGCUUCUGGUUUAAGUUUCCCAGUUGGUUUCAAGAACGGUACCGAUGGUACUCUCGGUGUUGCUGUUGAUGCCUUGAGAGCUGCUUCUCACCCACAUCAUUUCCUAAGCGUCACCAAGCCUGGUGUUGUAGCCAUUGUUGGUACUGAUGGUAACAAGGAUUGUUUCGUUAUUUUGAGAGGUGGUAAGAAGGGUACUAAUUUCGAUGAACAAUCUGUCAAGGAAACCCAAGCUUCUUUGAAGGCUGCAAAGGUUGUUACUGAAGACAACGCCGGUCCAAGAAUUAUGGUUGAUUGUUCUCAUGGUAACUCCAACAAGGAUCACCGUAACCAACCAAAGGUUGCUGCUGAGAUUGCCAGACAAAUCACCAAUGGUGACACUUCUAUCUGUGGUUUGAUGAUUGAAUCUAACAUUGAAGAAGGAAGACAAGAUGUUCCAUCUGCUGAAGAAGGUGGUAAGGAUGCCUUGAAAUACGGAUGUUCUAUCACUGACGCUUGUAUUGGAUGGGAAGAUACCGAAUCUACUUUGGAAGUCUUGGCUGCAUCCAUUAAGGCCAGAAGAGAAAAGAAGUAGAGUAUCAAAGGAGAAAA